UGACGGAGACGCCGCCGCCAUUUUGUCCUGCGGAGGCCGUAUUUAGGGCGCAGCGCCGGGGCCGCCGCGCACUGCUGCCGGGACGGAGCUCCGCGCCGCCGCCUGCCCGCUCGGCACGGCCCCUUCCUCCCCUCCCUCCCGCUGCCCGCAGGCGGCCUCCGCCCCGGCUCUCCCUUUCCCUCCCCGCCUUCCUCGUCUCCGCCAUUUUGUGUCCGGGCGCUGAGGGCCGUUGCCGCGGCGGAGCCUCCCGCCUUUCCCUACCCCCUCCCCGCGCCCGUCCGCGCUCCUGCUCCCAGCGGCGCCCCGGCCCGGCCCGGCCCGCGCAGCCAUGUCCUCCAGCAGCAGCACUCCCGAGUACGCCUCGUUCUUCGCCGUCAUGGGCGCCUCGGCUGCCAUGGUCUUCAGCGCCUUGGGAGCUGCAUAUGGAACAGCAAAGAGUGGCACAGGAAUUGCAGCCAUGUCUGUCAUGAGGCCUGAGCUCAUCAUGAAGUCCAUUAUCCCCGUGGUCAUGGCGGGUAUCAUAGCUAUCUAUGGGCUGGUAGUGGCAGUCCUCAUUGCCAAUGCCCUCUCACCUUCUAUCACGCUAUUCAAGAGCUUCCUUCAGCUGGGUGCUGGCUUGAGCGUGGGCCUGAGCGGGCUGGCUGCUGGCUUUGCCAUCGGCAUCGUGGGGGACGCGGGUGUGCGGGGCACGGCGCAGCAGCCCAGGCUAUUUGUGGGCAUGAUCCUCAUUCUGAUCUUCGCCGAAGUCCUGGGUCUCUAUGGCCUCAUUGUUGCCCUUAUCCUCUCCACAAAGUAAACGCUGCUGGUGUGAUGUAAAGAGAUGUAAGAGAUCACCGUUCCCAAACCACCCAAGCUCCAGAAUGAAAAUGGUCUCUCCAAUGUGUACAGUUGUCCCAACUUGGUAGUUGAUCUCUUGUAAAUGCGCAAUGUACGUUAGUGACCUGUCUGUCCUGUGUGUACUUCAAUAUUGGAUUGGCUGGGCUGCCCCAGGCCUGCUGCCUGCCUGGGGGGGGCCCAUGUGCAAUUUUCCACCCAUUGCUGUUAGUACUUUAUGUAUAAAUAUGAACUAGAAAUGUAACUCUUUUUUUCUCUUCACUGGAUGUUUAUUUAUAAAAGACUUGACAUGUUCAUACAUCGAUGGAGCAAGAGAUUUUCAACUUCCCAUGCUAUAUAUAUUAAUCCUAUAUAUAGGUAGAUUACACUGUGGGGUCAAUUGUUAAGUGCAGAGAAUUCCUUGGAUGUAACUUUGAUUCUAAAGAUUGCUGUAGUGUCCUGGUAUUGGAGUAUGAGAAUGUGGUGUUUAAUUGCAGCAGCUGUGGGAGAUGCUCCUGUGGUUCAGUAGGAACUGCGUGUGCUCCAGCAGCAGAGUCCUGCACCCAGUGUUGGGUUACAAACUUAUACCAUGUUUCCAAAUAAAACUUCCUCACUACA